AUGAUGGUCGUGUCCUGGUCAGACCAGAACAACCUUCUCAUCUACAGGACGUUUGAGGACUUCAGGAGGCUCCACAGACAGCUGAAGAGAAAAUUCCCCUCUGAGAGUGGCUCAGUCAGGAAAAUCCCCAGGUUUAAAGAUGCAAGUGUGAAGCAGAGGAAGAGUGGGAAGCCAAACAGGAGCCUGGAGGUACUGAAAGUGCUGGAAACCUACUCCCAGAAGCUGCUGAAAACAGAGGCUCAGAUCUCACAGGGGGAAGAGGUGAUUCAGUUCUUCAAGGCACAGACUCAGGACCUAGAUCCCUCCUUUCCUAAAGACAGCCUUGUGAUCAUGCCUUCAGAGAUGGGAGGAGCAGAGAAAGCCCAGAGAGGGAAGCAGCUCCCUCCCAUCACAUCCCCCCAGGCAACCCAGAGCUACAGGUGCAUCGAAGCCUUUGAAACCAAAGACACAAAGAACAAAGCUUUCCAGGUCACCCGGGGGGACAUCCUUGAAGUGCUAAUGAAGGACAGGAGUGGCUGGUGGCUGGUGGAGAACACAGACAAGCAGCUGGCCUGGUUCCCAGCCUCCUACCUGGAGGAGAUCGAUGUCCACAAGGACAUCCAGAGUGCCUUGGCCUCCAAGGAGGAAGGCAGCCUCUACUUCGUGGUGCAAGCCUACGAGUGCCAGGAGGCAGAUGAGCUCUCGCUGAGCAGCGGGGUGCUGGUGCAGGUGCUCAGGACCUCUGACAAUGGCUGGUGGCUGAUCAGGUACAACGGCAGCACUGGCUACGUGCCCUGCCUCUGCCUCAGGCCCUACAGGAACCCUCACCACAAGCUCCAGACCGCCGUAGACUGGGGGCUGAACGCCUCCACCCCCAGCCUCUGCUCCUCCCUGGAGGAGGCUGUAGGACACCCCAGGGUGCAGGUCUGCUCCUCCCAUGCUCAGACUGAAGAGGAGCUGAGCUCUCAGAGGGGCAGGUCAAGGUCUCUGCCCAGAGCCAGCUCCACCCCAGAGCUGGAGCUGGACAGUUUGUCCCUCAGCUCAGGCAGCAAGGAGCAGGACAACCUCCUCGGCCGGCAGCCCAACUUGUCAAGGUCUCUGCCCGAGGUGGAGCAGGCCAGGAGCUGUGCCCCGGGCCAGCACUCGGCCACGCACGGCAGCAAGGCCCCAGGCCUCAGCCACAGGGACAGGAACGAUUCUGGCUUCGUGGAGUCGUCUGCGGCCGAGCUCAGCCCUCCCCCGGCCGGCGCCGUGCCGCGGGUGCCCGCCCGGCCCUCGGCGCAGCAGAUCCUGCAGCGCUGCAGCACCGUCACCAGGCGAGCCCUGCAGUGCUGCUCACACCCAGCCCCCCAGGCUCUGCCCCCCCUGCACUAG